ACGGUCAAUGCCUAAUGCCUAUUAAUCAUUAGUAAACUUUGAGUCUUCCACCUAAUGCUCAUGAUUUGAAUACAUUUUAUUAUUCUAAUAAAUAUUUUAAUUAAACAGUCAUGGCUCGGCGAUAUUUAUUAUGGUUUGCGCAAGAGCAUUUGGACUUUCGACAUGCCGAAAUGCAUAGUAUUAUUUCUAUGCUAAAUAUACCAAUAAAAUUUAUUGAAAAUCCAUCAAUUAAUCUCCCAUAUUGGAUAGUGGAACUUCCUUCAGAAUUUUGUGCUAAGCAGAUAGCGUCAAGAUCUGUAUUAUUGAAAAAUUGUUUAGAAUUGUGGUCAAGGGCUAAGAGCGAAGCUAAGUUACACGAAAACUUAAAAUGUUCUGUAAAAAAUAAGUCUGGAAAAUGGAUAAUUCCAAAUCAUAACAUUGAAAUAAGUGAAUCAGAUAUUUGCCCAAGUGAACUUCUAGAUGCUGUUAGUGAUCCAAAUAAAACAUUCAAAGUGGAAGUUGAAACAUUCUGUAAACAUUUCACUAUGAAGCAAAAAGUUGAAAAGAUUGAGAAGUUCAGUUAUUUACCUUUAGAAGGUGCAGUAAAUCUGAACAAACCAGAUGUUACAUUGUCUUAUAUAGAGUUUUAUGGAGUGGAUCCUAACAAUGUUCCGCAACAACCUUGUGACUUAUUUUUUGGGAAAUGGAUAGCAGAUGGUCAAAGAGAUCUUAUAAAAUUCCACACUCUUAAAAAACGUGAAUUCAUUGGGAAUACAAGUAUGGAUGCUCAACUGUCACUUAUAAUGGCUAAUCAGGCACAAGUAGCACCUGGUGAUGUGGUUUUAGAUCCAUUUGUAGGAUCUGGCUCUUUGUUGGUGUCAGCGGCACAUUUUGGUGGUUACAUUUGGGGAGCUGAUAUAGAUUUCAUGAUGUUGCAUGCUCGAACACGCCCCACAAGGGUAGGGCAAAAGGUACGAAACAAAGAGGAAAGUAUAAGGGGAAACAUGAGGCAGUAUGGUAUCAUGUCCCAAUACUUAGAUGUGCUGGUCAGUGAUUUUUCACGGCCAUUGUGGCGACAGGACUUGAAGUUUGAUGCCUUAAUAACUGAUCCUCCAUAUGGUGUCAGGGAGCCAACAGAGAAGAUUGGUAUAGAGAAAGACAACUAUACUUUAUCUGAGCAACAUUUAGACAACCACAUACCAUCAAAAGUGGAAUAUGGCUUGCCGCACAUCUACAGUGACCUCUUGAACUUUGCUGCUCAACACUUGAAUAUUGGGAGAAGACUUGUGUGCUGGUACCCUCUCGUAAGAGACGAAUAUUUAGAAGAGCAGCUCCCAUCCCACCCUUGUAUGCAGUUGGUGGGGAAUAGUGAGCAAGUCUUGUCCAGGAUGACGGCCAGGCGACUGCUCACGUACCAGAAGAUCAGCGACGAUAUCCCCAACAUGCCCCACGACCCUCACGGGGCUGCCCAUAACUUCAGGGACAAGUACUUUGCUGUUGGAGAAAUAUCGAGACGAGAAAAAAAAGAGAGACGAGCUGAAGAAAUAGCAAAAACUGCCUUCUACUUAAAGGCAAAACAGGAAGAAUGUAACAAGAAAUAAAUUUUGUUACUGCUGUA